AUGGACUCGACAUCAACACCGCAGAACAAACGAGCUACACGCUCACCUCUGGCUUGUUUGCCCUGCCGCUCGCGCCACCUGAAAUGUGACGGUAAGCGACCGUGUUGUGCUCGCUGCUCUGAGGCCGGCAAGCAGUGCAACUAUGCUCGAUCACGGCGCGGCGGGCUGAACCGCGCAGCUUUGGCUGAGCGUCGUAAACAACUGGUAGAGGCAGCAGAUACUCCCCCAGUCAAUAACUCGAGUCCGCAGGGGCCUACAACAGUUCAGCAGCCCCAGGAGCGUACCGCUCAACCCCUUGAGGUGGACUUUCGCCACGAGCCUGUUAUGCUCGAAUUUAGUAACGAAGGCACCACUAACAUCUUUCUGCGAGAAGCAAACGCAACUCGUCCGAACAACAUUGCAAAUGAUCCGUUAAUACAUUCAUACUACAGGAACUUUCACAUAUGUCACCCCUUUGUCUUACCACCAAAACACCUGACAAGACUGUAUCAAGAUCCGAGCAGACGAGGCGGCUACGUACCACUGGUCGCUGUUCUGCGCUUUCUUGGGAAUAUUUACAGUGCGCGAGAAUGGUCGAUACCGUUAAAAGAGUGCCUCGAGGCAUCCUUUUCACAGGUGCCACCAUCAGAUCCAAUCCUGGUCCAAUGCCGACUCUUAUACUCCAUGGCCUUAUUCUGGUACGACUACAAGGUCGAUGCCAAAUUACAGAUGGACAUGGCAACUAAUCUCGCUAUUGAUCUACAAAUGUUUCGUCUCGAAUUUGCGGCGGCGCAGGGAGCCGACGAUCCCGUACUGAGGGAAUCUUGGAGACGAACGUGGUGGAUGCUGUACAUCGUGGAUGCGUACUACGCCGGCACCUUGGGGACGACGAACCUUCGGGUUGUAAACAUUGAUAUAACGGUGGAAUUACCAUGUGACGAGUCGGACUACGAGUCAGGGAACAUCCCAGCCCCCCGGACCCUGCAAGAAUUCAAUUGCCGCGAAUUCAGCCCCAAGACCAUUCACUUCUCAUCCUUCGCAUAUCUCAUUGGCGCCGUACAAUGCGCCGCAGCCGCAAUAUCCGCAACCCCCACAGUCGAAGCCGAAGAAUGCUCGACGCAUAUAAUUCAAAUUGCCGACUGCAGUCUUGACGGAUGGCGACUUUUACUACCCCCAGAUCGCAAACAAAUCAUUACUGAAACUGGCGAAAUCGACGAGCUUAUGUUCCAGGCUCACUUGCUAAUUCACGUGUCAACAAUCGGCCUGCAUCGUCCAUUAUCAGCCCUCAAAUUCAACGCCGUCGAGAGUAUAUCAAGCUGCGCCCGUGAGCCACCCCUCGAUACACCCACACCAGAUCUGGUUAACGUGCAUACCGUCCGUGUGCUACGGGCUAUAGAGGCCCAAAUCCGCCUAUUAGCCUUACCAGUCCGGCAAUUUCACCACACUCCGUUUACUACCUGCAUGGUGAGCGAGGGAACGCUGGCACUGCUUUCAGCUUGCAGUUCCCUCCUCAAGGGGAGGGAUCUAGCCAUCGCAAGAGAUCAAAUUCGAAUGACGCUCGGAUGUCUCAGGGUGCUGGGGGAAGUGUGGCCGAGAACAGCUAGGAAUGUGUGCGAGAUACAGAAGAUUGCUCAAUGCGUGUUGGGACUCGGGUAUGUACCAAAUAGUGGCAGCACGCCUGGUUCUAGUGAUAUCCCGUCUUUGAGUGUAGAAGGAGCAAGUCUGGGUUCGACUACCGGCGGUAUACAGGGUAACGACAUUGAUCUGUUUGCUUCCCUUGGGACCAUUGAUCUUUGUGGUUGGCAUAAUCUUGGAAAUCUGGAUGAUCUUCCGUGGCGGAUGGGCAAUGGGUUCUGA